UAAAUGCAGUUGUGUUUCCCUUUGUUGCCGGAAUCAUGCUAAGUUUAAAAGUUGAGCAACGUGUUAAUUUGAAAUUUUUAGUAAAACUGAACAAAACACCAACUGAAUGUUUUCAAAUGCUUACUGGGGCUUAUGGGGAAUACUGUAUGUCUCGUGCGCGUGUAUUUGAGUGGCACAAAAGAUUCAGUGAAGGACGUGAGAACGUGGAAGACAAUGAGCGCCCUGGACGACCUUCCACUUCAAGAACCGAAGAGAAUGUAGAAAAAAUUAGACAGAUGGUUAGAAAGGACCGCCGACUCAGCGUCCGAAUGAUAGCUGAAACCAUAAACAUUGACAAAGACACUGCGUGGAAAAUUUUGCGUGAGGAUCUCAAUAUGAAAAAAGUUUAUGCCAAGCUGGUCCCCAGGGUGCUCACACCAGAACGAAAAGAGUGCCGCAAGAAGUUUGGGCCGACAUUCUGCAGCAAGUUGAGACGGAGCUUUUUCAAAAAGUCAUCACAUGUGUUCAAACCUGGAUCUUGCAGCACGCGUAUGAUCCAGAAACAAAACGACAGUCAAUGCACUGGAAAACAUUGUCAUCACCAAGAAUGAAAAAAGCGCGUCAAAGCAUGUCCAAAUUCAAAGCCGUGUUUUUUGACAUGAAGGGCGUAAUUUUAGCAGAAUGGGUCCCAGAAGGCACAACAGCAAACUAGCAUUAUUAUGCAGCAAUUUUCACAAAACUCAGAUAAAAGAGUCAGAAAAAAACGGCCAGAACUGUGGAAUAUGGUUUUAUUCUUCAUCAGGACAGUGCUCAUUCUUACACAGCACUUUCUGUGAAGCAGUUUUUGACCGACAAACACAUUACUACGCGGAACAUCCUCCAUAUUCGCCAGACUUGGCACCUUGUGACUUUUUUCUUUUUCUUAAAUUGAAAUCGGUGCUUAAAGAAACACGUUCCGAGUCAAUGGAAUGGAUGCAGUAAAGAAGAAAAUGAGAGAUAUCUUGAAACAGCUGACAGAAACUGAUCUGCUGCACGCCUUCGACCAGAGGAAAACAAGACUACAUCGGUGCGUAACUGGGAAUCGGGAGAACAUUGAAGGGGACAAGCAUUAGAAUGGUUAUAUAAAUAAAAGUGAAUUAUUGUGUCAGUCUCGUUAUUUAAUAGACAGACCUCGUAUUUUUUAUUUUAGGAUAAUUUUUAUGGUACUGAGCAUUAGAUCUAGAAUUAGGCCUAAUUCUUGUAACAUAUAUAUUUUAAGUAAGUAAUAAAGCCCUGAAUUUA